CGCCAUCACACGCGCCAGGCCCCGCCCCCCCGCGAGGCUGCGCAGUGACGUCGCGCGCAGCUGGGCCGAGUGCUUUGGCGGCGCGCGCGGGAUGGAGCCGCCGCUGGCGGCGAGUGUGGGGCGCGUCCGCUCCGACGGUCUUUCUCCUCUACGAAGAAGCUUUGUUGCCAAGAUUAACUCUGGAAGUGACCUAUGCUACUGACUGCAGACGUCUGCAAUUAUAGAAGUUGAUUUGUGUCUCAUUCCCUCCCCUGACUUUCCUGUUUCCUGUGGAAUUUAUACUUCGAAGUAUUUUGAAAAUCAGACCUCUGUUGAAGACAUUUGGAUUAAUACUGUGAGCAUAUCUAUGCAAAGAGACAAGCUAGCCUGAGCGAUUUCAAGUUUUGUUCAGUGGAGGGACUGCUGUAUGUCAGCCAUGCUAAAGGGCAAGUGAUGGAGGCAAUUGCUAUCUGAGUACUCAGCUGCAGCGUCCUAUAACCAGCUCUUGCCUGAGCUCAGAUGACAGGAAGGUUGAGCUCUCUGGGAGAAAAGCUGCGUGUUUCCUCUCUGCUAGAGACUGAGCUAUACAUACACGGUGCUGCUCCUGUUCAGAUUGGUUGCUUAUUCUACUUUUAAAAAGACAAUUUUGUUUUUUCUGAGAAUUAUGGACAAGACUGUGCCAGUUGAAACCAUUUCACUUGCCUGUUCCUGCUGAAGACAGAUUUUCACAUCUAGUCUCCACUGCCAUCAGCGGAUGCUGGCAGUAAUAAGCCAUUUCUUACUAUUUGGAAAUGCAUAACUGAUUUGGAAGUGUUCUGUUUUCUUGCAUAUGCUAAAUACUGCGAAGUUAAGCAUUCUACAGGAAAAUCAGAUAAGCAUGAGAUCACCGUGGCACAGCUGCAUGUGUAGUCACUCGUGAAGCAAUUGCACACCUAAUUGGCUGACAAUCUUGGCAUUUUACAAACACACGCCUUUCAAAGACAGGGGACAUAAUUAUAUAUGAAUAGUGAAAUAAACCUGUUGGGUGUCACCAAUGGAGCCCUCUAGCACUGAACAGUUGUGUGACGACCCUGAUCCUGGAGGCAAAUCCCAAGAUCAAGAGACCAAAAGGCAACAUGAAUCCGAGCAAAAAUUAUCAAAAAUAACGCAUAAUGCUUUGGAGAACAUUAAUGUGAUUGGUCAAGGCUUGAAGCACCUUUUUCAGCAUCAGCGCAGGAGGUCCUCAGUUUCUCCGCAUGAUAUUCAGCAAGCUCAGGCUGAUCUGGAGCCUGACAUGGAUCUGGAAAGCCAAAGCGUCUGUGCUGAAAUUGAUGGUGUCUCCACCCACCCCACAGCUCUGAACCGUGUGCUCCAGCAGAUCAGAGUGCCACCUAAAAUGAAGAGAGGGACGAGCCUGCACAGCAGGUGGGGCAAGGCAGAUGCCCCGAAAGGAAGCCCGCAGAUCAACAGGAGGUCUGGCCAAGAUACUCAAUCAGGUCGGCCCAGAUCGUCAUCUACUACAGAUGCUCCCACGAACUUGUCCGUGAUGGAGAUUGCUUCUUCUAUCUAUGUAGGUGGAGAGGAGGCUGCAGCAGCAAUUGAGCGGUUGGACGUGAGCAGCUUAGCACAGACCUCCAGUGCCGUGGCCUCAAGCACUGAUGGAAGCAUCAACGCAGACUCUGUUGAUGGGACCCCAGAUCCUCAGCGUACAAAAGUGGCUAUCACACACCUGCAGCAGAAGAUACUGAAGUUGACCGAGCAGAUCAAAAUUGAACAAACAGCCCGUGAUGACAAUGUGGCAGAGUACCUGAAACUGGCCAAUAACGCAGACAAGCAACAAAGCGCCCGCAUUAAGCAGGUGUUUGAGAAGAAAAAUCAAAAGUCAGCCCAAACUAUCUUGCAGCUGCAGAAGAAACUAGAACAUUACCAUCGAAAGCUGCGAGAGAUUGAGCAGAAUGGGAUCCCUCGGCAGCCGAAGGAUGUCUUCAGGGAUAUGCAUCAGGGUUUGAAAGAUGUUGGAGCAAAAGUCACUGGCUUCAGCGAGGGAGUAGUAGACAGUGUGAAAGGUGGGCUUUCCAGUUUCUCCCAAGCCACACAUUCAGCAGCAGGAGCUGUGGUUUCCAAACCCCGGGAGAUUGCCUCCCUCAUAAGGAACAAGUUUGGGAGUGCAGACAACAUUGCUAAUCUGAAAGACUCCUUAGAAGAAGGCCAGGAAGAUGGGACAGGAGGCAAGGCUUUAGGUGUUAUUCAGAACUUUCAGUCAAGCCCAAAAUAUGGCAGUGAGGAGGACUGCUCCAGUGCCACAUCGGGUUCUGUGGGAGCCAACAGCACAACAGGGGGCCCUGUGGGAGCUUCUAGCUUCAAAACAAACACUCUGGAUAUGCAGAGCUCAGGGUUUGAUGCAAUACUGCAUGAGAUUCAAGAAAUUCGAGAGACACAGACAAGACUGGAAGAGUCAUUUGAGGACCUUAAGGUUCGCUAUCAGAGGGACUACUCGCUAAUAAUGCAGACGCUACAGGAGGAGCGGUACAGAUGUGAAAGACUCGAAGAGCAGCUAAAUGACCUGACUGAGCUCCAUCAGAAUGAGAUUCUCAAUUUAAAACAGGAGCUGGCCAGCAUGGAGGAGAAAAUUGCCUAUCAGUCUUAUGAGCGAGCCCGGGACAUCCAGGAGGCACUGGAAGCGUGCCAGACCCGUAUCUCCAAGAUGGAGCUGCAGCAGCAGCAGCAGCAAGUGGUGCAGCUAGAGGGGCUGGAGAACGCCACGGCCAGGAAUCUGCUGGGGAAGUUCAUCAACAUCCUCCUGGCCGUCAUGGCCGUCCUCCUCGUCUUUGUCUCCACUGUGGCCAACUGUGUCGUGCCCCUCAUGAAGACUCGCAAUAGGACGUUCAGCACUUUAUUUAUAGUGGUUUUCAUUGCCUUUUUGUGGAAGCACUGGGACGCCAUCACCGGCUACUUGGAACGGUUCUUCUCUCCCUCCAGAUGAUGGCGGCAGGAAUCGGCUGCGUCGCAUCCCCAAGCGCUCUUGGUGAGCUCAUGUGGCAAAGAUUAGUCAGCAGCUACUGCGCUGAAGUUUUAAAGUGUCCGAGUGAAUUUGUUUACAUUUAGAAUAAAGUUUUUUCUCUGCAAGACGCAUUGCAAUAGUAUUUUUUAGAUUUUAUUCAAGAACUUUUUGGCGAGAAUCCUGGAUAAUUUUUAUGUAGCAUGGUUCUCUUUGGAUGCAAAUCUUAAGAUUCUUUAAAAUGUACAAAAGAAAUAAAUAAAAUACAGAAAUUUGGAGCAUA